AUGUGUUCAAGUGUUUCCAGUCCUUUCAACAAAGCCCGCGACUUUGCACUCUGGUUGUGGAGUUCCCAUAACAAGGUAAACGAAAGGCUGAGGAAAGAAGAAGCUUCUAUAGGUACCGGUGAUCCCAAAUUCCCAAAGACAGUUUGGCCUCCAAAGCAGCUUUGCUCUUCCUGUUACCUUGACUAUGACCAAACAAGCAACAAAAUUGAAUGGAACCAGGAUGAAGUCUACAGGACUCUGAGAAAUUAUUACGGGAAAACACUCGUGUCUCUGUACAAAGAGAAUGGUAUUGCUGGAACUGAAGGAGCUGAAGGAGCCACCCUAGAAGAUUUAACAGUCGGGACGAAUGCAGUUGUGGUGCCGGUUGGAGCUGCUUUGGCAAUUGCUGUUGCUAGCUGUGCCUUUGGAGCACUCGCAUGCUACUGGCGUUCACAACAAAAGAGUCGGAAGUAUUUCCAUCACCUACACUCUUUAAAGAACAUAUGA